AUGGCGGAGGAGAAUCUCGUCUGUGAAGAAACCAGCGAGUCGUGGAUCAGUGACAACUACGACGAAGACGACGUUGUUGCUGUUGACGCCGGCGGAUUCCUGAAUUACAACAACGAAACCUUACGUAAAGACGUGAGCAUUUCCCGGAACGGAUCAAUUCCGGUGAUGGGUUUUGCGUCUCCGGUGGGAGAUGAUGCUGGUGACGAUUGCAUCGGAGAGAUGGUUGAGAAAGAGACUGACUUUAAACCCGGAGACGAUUAUCUCACGAGAUUGCGUUCUGGGUGUUUCGAGCUUCGUCUUAGAAACGAAGCCAUGGAUUGGAUUUGGAAGGCUUGUGCUCAUCACAAUUUUGGACCUCUCUGCAUUUACCUAUCAAUGAAUUACUUAGAUCGGUUCUUGACGUCCUCUGAAUUGCCAAAGGACAAGGCUUGGGCUGUUCAAUUGCUUGCUGUGUCUUGCUUGUCAUUAGCAGCCAAAAUGGAUGAGACAUUUGUGCCUCUCUCUGUUGAUUUACAGGUGGGAGAUCCAAAGUUUGUGUUUGAGGCUAAAGCAAUAAAAAGAAUGGAACUUUUGGUGCUCAACAAAUUGAACUGGAGAAUGCAAGUGAUAACUCCAUUCUCCUUCAUAGGUUAUUUCCUAGGCAAGAUCAGACACCACCCCUCACAGAACUGUAUCCAUAGAUCAUCGCAGCUCAUACUAAAUACCACCAAAGAGGUUGAAUUCUUAGACUUCAAGGCUUCUGAGAUAUCUGCUGCUGCAGCAAUUGCCCUUUCCUUUUCAGGAGAAGCUGAAGCAGUUCAUGCCGAGAAAGCUCUGUCUAGUCUCAUACAUGUCAAACAGGAGAGAGUCGCUAAGUGUUUGAAGAUGAUGGGAGAUUUGUCUGAUAGGAUCAGUGUUGGAGUGGCUGCAUUGGCACCGCAAAACCGGUCGGUGCCUGUGCCGGAGAGUCCCAUUGGAGUGUUGGAAGCAAUAUGCCUGAGCUUUAAGAGUGAUGAGAUAACAAUUGGGUCAUGUUCUUCAGAUAGUAGUGCAGACAACAACAGCAAUAGCAACAAGAGGAGGAAAAUAACAUUGAAGGGUGAGUGA